UAGUUAUCUGCGCUGCCAACCUAACCUUUCGGAGACAGCACCGGACUCAACACACCGUUUCAACCAAAUCUACACCUGACAUACAUCCCAUCCCGUCCGCGAUCCAUCCAGCCAGACACAGUCAGUUAGUCAAUCGGACGCCGGACUUCCUCGCCCACACACCAUUUCGUACCCGCCCACCCAACACAGUGUCGUCCCAUCUCUCGACCAUCUUCUCUGUCAUUUCGGCUUCAUCCCCGCCCCAAAUCACCGACCGACCGACCGAACGAACCGAAGCGAGACGACCUCAUAUCCCGCGGCCUACCGAUUUAUUCCUGCUCCCCCGACGGUUUCGCAAUGCCGAGCUAGCCCUGCCUUCCUCUCCCACCCUACCGCUUUCGCCUGUGGCCUUGUAACCUCCGUCAUCUCACACUCGCGUCGCGACGGACAUACCGCCCACGGGGAUACCCGAAUCAAGCACGAAGCAGAACCAUCUCGACAGCUGGGGGGCUGUGUGUUGUUGUGCUGCAACCUGCUCUCGACCAAACCUGUCCUGUAAACCGACACCAGCAACCGCCUUGCUUUCCACGAUAACCCUCCAAGGAUGGUUGCUACCAUCUUCGACGACCGCUGUGCGGAGCUUCGCGCUCCCGGCUUCCUCAACCUGACAAUCUCCAUCAUUAUCCUCAUCGGACUCCUCGUCUCGUACUUGCCUCAACACUACCGCAUCAUCGCCAGAGGCACCUCGGAGGGCAUCUCGCCGUGGUUCGUCCUGCUGGGAGUCACGUCCGCGACUGCCGGAUUUGCCAAUAUCCUAACCGUCGCUCCCUCGAGGCGCGACAUAGCAUGCUGCUCCGAGCUGGGCACUUUCGAAUGCGCCGCUGGUCUACUGGGAAUCGCCCAGCUGGGCGUGCAGUGGAUCUCCUUUGCGUUGAUCCUUGUCUUGUUCCUCGUCUUCUUCCGCUACAGCGACGCCAACAUUCCCGAUGAGGAGCUCGUCGACACCCCGCCGUCGUGGCAUACCGCCAUCAUGGUCGGCCUGCUCUGCCUGCUGCACGGCCUGCUGGUCAUAAUCCUGACCGUUGUCUUCACCGUCGCCCUCCGCGACCACCUCGACUUCUGGGCCAAUCUUCUCGGGGUCAUGGCGGCAGCCCUCGCGGCUGUGCAGUACAUUCCCCAGAUCUGGACGACGUACCACAUCAAGCAUGUCGGCAGUCUGAGUAUCCCUAUGAUGUGCAUCCAGACUCCGGGCGGCUUCCUCUUCGCCGGCAGCCUGUUUGUAAGACUGGGCUGGGAGGGCUGGAGCACCUGGGGCAUCUUUAUCCUUACCGCAUUCAUGCAGGGCGUCCUGCUCGUUAUGGCCGUCUACUACGAGUUCCAGGAGCACCACGGGGACAUACACUCCCCAGCGCUCGUCGACGAACCCAGACGGCCCAACCCAAUCAGGACCUACUCGGAGGGCUGGGAGCAGGGUCUGCCCGGCCCGUACACGGCCCAUCCCGAGCGGUACGCCGACACGGAGGAGGAGCUGGAGCGGCUACAAGAUAGGGAAGAGCGGCAGGUCGAAAGGGAGACGAGACCCCUUCUUCGCCCGGGCGGCAUUGGCGACCCACACAAGAACUACAAUGCCACGGACGACUAAAGGCGUGAGGCGCGCCAUCUCAUUUUUCUCAUCUCAUCUCUCGCGGGCCAUACCGAUGACACAUCAUGGAUGACCUUGCAAAUUGCAUUAGCUUUGUUCCUUGAAUGCAUCUUGUCCGUGACUUGAGAAUUCGCCAAUGGUGAUGGUUUUGAAAUGGCGCUGGAUCGCAGGAUCGGAUAUCAAGCUUCCGUGCCAUCGAACGUGCUCCUCAACGGCUAUCAUUUGCCGGAUGUAUUUGCCGGGGAACAGAUCACUGUGGACUGGCUGUUUUGCUCUUGCAGGCAACGUUACAAGGAACCGAGACCUAGCCGGACGGUGCAUCUACAGCCGCGGCCUUGGUCUUGCUUAGUAAAAGCUAUACAGCAUGGCCACGGAAAGCGAUGGAACACACACACACAGACACACACACACACACACGAGCCCAUGGGAUCACAUAGUGGCCGCGCAUCACGGACAGUCGGGGGGCAAGAGGUACACCGACGACGGAGGACCAUCACGAAGCAGGACCGCACUUCCGUCCCCACUAAACCCCCCCUCCCCCAUCGGAGCCGUCACCGGCACAUCUGCCA